AUGAAUGAUGCAUUACGGCGGUAUUACUCUUCACCUCUAUGGGUGACAUCGCGUGAAACGCAGACACCAUAUCAGCGAAUAUCAGCUUAUAAUGAAACGAAAGGAAAGGAGACACUGGCCACAGUCUUGCAACGAAACCGAGCAGCUGGUAUAAAGAAAGAAGUUCUAACCGACGACGAACUUCUGGCAUCGACUUCGUCACCAUUUUCUGAGAGCGCCCCUGAUAACUCACACGAUGAAGACUCAUCGCUCAGCUCUAUAUCUUCACGGGCUCUUCAAAUGUUGCCGCUUGGUCAGACGGACUCUGCUGCAUUGCAAAAUUUUUAUUUUGUGCAAGGAGAUAUGCUGAUGAACCUGUUUCGGUUCUGCCCUGAAUGCGGGAAUCCUUUAUGGAAGAGACAGUUAACGAAGGUUGGAACAGCCGCCGUGGUCAGGUACAGAUGUGCUUACUGCAAUACAAAUGAUCAAUGGGAAAGCCAACACCGCACGGUCGACCAUACGAGCGAACGGACAUUCAGAGGGAACGUAGCUGCUUCUGCUGCGGCAAUAGCAGCUGGUUUUGGAUAUAAAGACAUACGGAAAUGGACUGCGCAGUUCAAUCUGUCCUUGUUUUCGAAAUCACAUUUCUGGGAAGUAUUUGAAUGCACUAGACCUGCUUGA